UGCACUGGCAAACCUUUUUUUCUGUUGCACUCUAAAUGACGAUUACUGGCUUUUGAAAUUGAGUCAGACAAAUGAGCUGGAAGAAUAUCAAAUAUGCUUUCAAUGGUCGCUUAUAUCAGUAGGAAUUUCAUGAGGCGCUGCAAUAAAACUAUGAUACUGGUGCUGACAGUUCUAGUAUUCUGCGAUAGGGCUCUAGCGCAAGACGAAGAAAACAGAAGCAAUAUUACGUCAAGGAUAUAUCAUGGUGUGGAUGCCAGUCAUGGAGAGUUUCCAUUCGUGGUUCAUACAGGUUUUACUGCUCAGUGAGAUGAAAUUCCGUGUGACCCAAUAUGGUACCUAUUACGAAAGCGGGCAGUGUGGGGGGUCCAUUUUGAGCAAACGAAUAAUCCUGACAGCGGCUCAUUGCGUGGUGAACGAUAAGAUGGCAACCGGAUAUAACAGGGUCACGCAUCCAGUAAACGUACAGUUUAUAGUUGGAGAAACAGACCAAAACAAGAACGAGGGCACUGAAAAACAGAUCGCUAUAAAAGGGAUAAUUGUGCACGAAGACUAUAACCCUAUAAGCAUUGCCAACGACAUCGCCCUGCUGAUAGCAGAUGAGGAUAUCACCUUCAACAAUAAAGUGCAGCCAAUAUUACUACCAGAGGAAUCAGAUGUUGAGGAGCUGUAUGCUGAAGGAGCCCCUAUCACGGUUAUAGGCUGGGGUAACACGGAAGCGGGAGGGGUGGCUGAAAACUUAAAGAAGCUCUCUUACGCUGUAGUGUCCACCUCCAUUUGCAAAAGCUCAUGGUCACCUGCAUUUAUUACUCCUGGUAUGAUGUGCUCAGGAGAGGCCCCCAUGACAAAGGAGCAUGCAGCCGGCGGUGACUCAGGAGGUCCUUUGUUCACAAAGAAUGGCGGAGAUUGGGUCCAGUUGGGGCUGGUCAGUUGGGGACCUCCUAACGACGCAAAGUGGGAUAAGUCCUGGGACGUUAACUCUGACGUCAGCUAUUUCAAAAGCUGGAUAACUGCCAACAUGGCCGCGUCUUUUACUGAUUACGUUGUCGAACUGUCCGCUGAAGAUCAGAAGCAGACGGUUUCCUACCAACUAGACAUUCGAAAUUUUCUUUUCAAGACCAUCACAAUUUUACCGACUUCGUCCAACAAAUAUACCACCAUAACCUUUAAAUCGGGGAAGCUGGUAAAAAACUCCUUCCUGAUGGUGUACGACGGUGAUAGUGUAUCUUCAGACAGGCAGCUCCUCCAACUUACAAAAAAAUCCGAAAUCUCCGGACAAACCGUGACAGCAACUAGCAGGAAGGGCCUAACUGUGGCUUUGAUCACGGGAAUAAUGAUACAAUAUUCUGAUGGGUUUACACUGGAAUACAGUCAGACUUGUACCCGAGGAGGGUCAAGAAAGCUGCAGUGUUCUGAAGGAUUUGCUGCCUGCAAGGACAAAUAUUACUGUCUUGACGACUUCAUGGUCUGUAAUAAUGAUGACGGAUUCGGAGAAUGUCGCGAUGGUAGCGAUGAAAUAAAUUGUGACGGCAGACGUAGCGGUGACAAGAUUGACGACGACACAAAUAAUGAUGACGCAAGCACUGACGACAAAAACAGUGAAAAUCACGACACAUAUUGUUCUGACAAUGGUACUAGUUCUGACAAUGGUACUACUACUAGUUCUGACAAUGGUACUAGUAAUGCCACUACGAAGAAUUUUCUAUCAGUACUUCUGAUUGCUCUUAGUGUAACUAUAGGGAACUCCAGAUUUUGAUUUCUUUAGACUUAUUCAAUGUUA